AUGGAAUCAGUUAGAAUUAUUUCAGGAUCUGCACAUCCUCAAUUUGCAGACCUUAUAUCAAAAGCUAUAAAUAUAGAUUUAACCAAAACCACAUGCAAUAAAUUUUCAAAUGGCGAAACAUCAGUUACAGUCGGUGAAUCCGUAAGAUCUAAAGAUGUCUAUAUUAUCCAACCAACUUGUACACCAAAUGUAAAUGAUAACAUAAUGGAAUUAUUAGUACUUACAGAUUGUGUCAGAAGAGCUUCUUCACGUUCAGUUACUGCUGUUAUUCCAUUUUUUGGAUAUGGUAAACAAAAUAAAAAAGAAAAAUCAAGAGAACCAAUUACAGGUAAACUCAUUGCAAAUUUAAUUGAAACUGCUGGUGUCGAUAGAGUUAUUUCAAUGGAUUUAGAAGCAAGUCAAAUUCAAGGUUUUUUUAAUAUUCCAGUAGAUAAUUUAUAUGCAGAACCAUUAAUUGUUAAAUAUAUUGAAAAGCAUUAUAAAGGUGGUGAAAAAGUUGUAAUUUCACCAGCAGUAGAUGGCGUAAAAAGAGCCAAAUUAGUAUCAGAUAAAUUAAACUGUGAUUUAGCAAUUUUAGAUAGACAAAGCGAAUCAGAUGACAUGAUUUUAGUUGGUGAUGUUAAAGGAAAAACUGCCCUUAUUAUUGGAUCAACAGCAGAUACAUGCGAAACCCUUGCAUUAGCAGCAUCAGUUUUAAAGAAUAGAGGCGGUGCAACCAAAGUCUAUGCUUUGGUAUCACACGGUGAAUUAAGUGGAAAUGCUAUUGAAACUUUAAACAACUCAGAAUUGGAGGAAUUAGUUAUUACAAACUCCAUUCCACUCAGUGAAAAGAGUAAAGCAUGCUCCAAAAUAAAAGUUAUUAAUGUUGCCCCAAUGUUUAGCGAAGCCAUUAGACGUAUUAUCCAUGGUGAAUCUGUCACUGCCGCUUCAUCAAAAUUUGUAAUUUUAUAA